AUGGAAGAAACCAACCAGACAAAUGUCAGCUAUUUCAUUCUUCUGGGAUUCCGCACUUCGGCAGAACUUCAGAAGCUCCUUUUCGUCUUGUUCUUCCUUGCUUACUUGCUGACCCUGAUGGAAAAUCUCAUAAUCAUUGUAGUCGUUUGGAUUAACAAUAACCUGCACAAACCUAUGUACUUUUUUCUGUGUAACCUCUCCUUCCUUGAAGUCUGGUAUGUGACAGUCAUUGUCCCUAAGAUGCUGGCAGAUAUUCUUAUGCAAGACAAACGGAUCUCCUUCCAAGGCUGCAUGACCCAGUUAUAUUUCUUUGUGACUUUUGUGUGCAGUGAAUACAUUCUUCUGGCUGUCAUGGCAUAUGACAGAUAUUUGGCCAUAUGUUACCCAUUACGUUACCUAACUAUCAUGAGCAAUACUUUCUGUGCUCAGCUGUCAGCAGGAUGCUGGACGUGUGGCUUAAUUACUUCAGCAAUCAAGCUCAGCUUCAUUGGCAGACUAAAAUACUGUAGCACUGACAAGAUCAACCACUACUUCUGUGACAUUUCACCCCUUUUGAAUAUCUCCUGCACUGAUGCUUCCAUGGCUGAGCUAGUAGAUUUUAUCCUGGCUCUUAUGGUUAUCAUGGUCCCACUCUGUAUCGUCAUUAUGUCAUACAUCUAUAUAAUCUCAGCCGUACUGAAAAUCCCUUCAGCUCAAGGAAGGAAGAAGGCCUUCUCCACCUGCAGCUCUCAUCUCACAGUGGUGGUACUCUUCUAUUCUACCACACUCUUCACUUAUGCACGGCCCAAAGCCAUGUAUGCCUACAACUCCAAUAAGCUUGUGUCAGUCCUGUACACCAUAGUAGUACCCCUUCUGAAUCCGAUGAUAUAUUGCCUCAGAAAUAAAGAAGUAAAAGAUGCCUUGAGGAGGACAUUGUCAGCUUAA